AUGGAUGAGCUACGUGCAUUUCUCAAAAAUCCCUCUGCUAACGUAGUCAGACUUAGAGGUCCACUUACUGGCGGACUUCGUCUAACUAAACAUGAUAAUCUAAAUGACUUGAAUAGAAAGGAAGAACAUCGGCAGGCUGUACUGCCCAGCGGCACUGAUUACGCACGUGAAGUUAAAAAAAGAGAAGCUGAAAUGUACUUGAAGAACGAAACGGAACGAGAGGUAUAUGAAAGCAUGACAGGAGGAUUGGAUUCUUUGGAGAAACUUUCAUCAUGGGGAGCUUCUGUACAUAAUGUUGAGCAGUUGACAGCAGAAGCUAUGACAGAAGUUUACAACAAAUAUUCUUUUAAGAUGAGCGAGGACACAAAGAACCUAGCUAUAAAUUCCUAUCAUGAUAAUAUAUUGGAUAGAAUAAAAGCAUUUCCAGUUGUCAUAAUUGAAGGGCCAACAGGAUGCGGUAAAACGACUCAAGUACCGCAAUGGAUACUUGAUGAUGCUUACAAUAACAGGAAACCUUGUAAGAUUGUCGUAACACAACCUAGAAAAAUAGCUGCUAUAUCUAUUGCAAAGAGAGUGGCUCAAGAAAGAGGCUGGGAUGUGGGUGGAGUUGUCGGGUAUCAGGUUGGCCUUGAAAACAGAACAUCAAAUGACACUAGAAUCAGCUAUGUUACUACUGGAGUCUUAUUACAAAAGCUGGUAAACACAAAGAAUAUGAAUGAAUACACACAUAUAAUACUUGAUGAGGUCCACGAACGAGGGCAAGAAAUGGAUUUCUUGUUAUUAGUUGUUAAAAAAUUACUUUACACAGUGUCUCCAGGAGUUAAAGUUGUUCUUAUGUCAGCUACGUUUAAUUGCAAAGCUUUUGCUGACUACUUUCUCAUCCCGAUACCAGGGGGAUUUCAGAUGUCAUCAUGCUUAAAAGUUGUGAACACCCAGCCGACAUUCUCUGUGAAAACAUUUUAUUUAAAUAAUCUGCAUAAAUUUGGCGCGAUUGUUCAAAAAGCGACACCAAAAAAUGACGAGCCAGUAAUUCUUCCAGAGAUGUACCAUGUUGUUAUAAAACUUAUAAACGCUUUCGAACUUAUAGACAAGCAAGAAGAAUAUACAAACAGAGGUGAGGCUGAUCUGCCCUCUGUGCUUGUAUUUCUACCGGGUAUAUAUGAAAUUGAAGAGCUCUAUAAUUGUCUCACGGAUCCUAUUUUAAGGCUUAAAAUAGGAGAUGCAGAAAGUGCUAACUACACAUGGUGGGUACUACCCCUCCAUUCAACUAUUACAGCCGAUGAACAAGUGAGGGUGUUCCAGCGAUCCCCGCCAGGACAUCGUAAGAUAAUACUGGCCACUAACCUUGCAGAGAGCUCUAUAACUGUACCUGAUAUUAAAUAUGUGAUAGACUUCUGCCUUAUGAAAGUUUUGGUCGCGGAUCCAAGCACGAAUUUCACCUCUUUACAAAUGUCGUGGGCUUCCAAGACAAACUGUGACCAGAGGGCUGGACGCGCGGGUCGAGUGAGGGAUGGGCGCGUUUACAGACUCGUUACUGAUACCUUUUAUGAAACCUUUAAAAAGGAAUGUCAACCUGAACUAAUUCGAUGUCCCUUGGAACGCCUCGUGUUAAUAGCGAAGAUGUUAGACAUGGGCCCUCCUAGCGACAUACUAGCUCUGGCUAUGGACCCGCCCGACAUGUCCAACAUAUACCGGACUAUACUUGUGCUUAAAGAGAUGGGUGCAUUAAAAAAGACUUUAAAUGAUGAAUGGUGUGCAUCCGACGGUGAUUUAACAUAUUUGGGACGUAUAAUGGCAAAGUUACCCAUUGAUGUACGAAGCUCUAAGCUGAUUGUUCUCGGACACAUAUAUGGUUGUUUGGAAGAAAGUAUUAUAAUGGCCGCUGCAAUGUCUGUAAAGAAUAUAUUUAGCAGUCCUUUCCGAGAACGUUUGAACGCGUACAACUCUAGGCUUACUUGGGCUGACGGUUCUACUAGCGAUUGUAUUGCUCUACUUAAUGUUUAUCGGGUGUGGAGCCACCUCCGUCAGCAGAAGUACUUCAAGCAGCAGGGCACGAGCGAGGUCCAGUGGGCGCGCCGCUUCUUCGUGCAGGUGCGCGCGCUGCGCGAGGUCGAUGACCUUUCGCGUGAACUGCGCUCGCGCCUCGCCCGGGAGGGCAUUGACCCCGCGCAGCCCACCUCGCCCUGGAGCCAGCAUGAGCUGCCACUGGUGCUGAAGGUGAUCAUCGCGGGCGCGUUCUACCCCCAGUACUUCGUGCAGACGACGACGGACGAGGCGCGCGAGCGCGACGCCGUGCGCGCGCUGGGCGGCCUGGACCCGCGCUGCUCCGUGUACCUGCGGGGCUUCCCCGACGGGCAGCCGCCGCAGGUGUACGCGGCCGCCGUGCGCACCGCCGUGCGCGCGCACAUCGGGGACGAGCCGCGCGUCUCCUUCGACAGGAACAGCAGAAAAAUAUUUUUGACAUUCCAAGACAAUAAUCAAAAUGGGAAGACUGAUAAGGUCAAAGGCGGUGACCCAACGAUUCCAGGACAAGUUGUCUUACCAGUGUACAAAGCGAUUAAAGCGAGACAACUGAAAAUGGACAUUAGAAUUCCUUUACUACCCAUUGAAAAAGCAAAUGCUCUCGCUGCUGCUAUGGAGGAAGAGAAAAAAAGUGUAGACAUGCAAAAAUUUGUGCCUCGUCUUCCAGAGAUAGACGAUACUCAUUUCCCGUUAAAAAUAUCUCAGCUAAUCGACGUCGGCCGUUUCUGGGUGCAGUACGACGACGCAUCCACGGCUAACGAACUCCGGAACAUUCAAGCGGUUCUCAACCGCAAGAGCGGCCUCCCCUGUGUUCAGGGCGUUCAAGUGGACGACCUGGUGGCCGCGCCCUACGCAGACGCCAGCGGCACCCAGAUGUACCGCGCGCGCGUCACCAAGAUUCUGCCUAGGGAUAUGCUGGAGGUGCUGUACAUCGACUACGGCAGCGCGGCGCGCGUGGGCACGUGCAGCGUGCGCGGCGUGCCGGGCGCGGCGCGCGACACGCCGCCGCUGGCGAUGCGCUGCGCGCUGGCCGGCCUGGCGCCCGCGCCGCUGCUGCACGCGCACGCGCACUGGGCGCCCGCCGCGCGCCAGCUGCUCGCCGACCUCGUGGCGCACGGCCGGCUGCUGGCCAAGAUUUACUCUGUAACACACGGCAUAGUUUCAAUCGAACUGCUGGCCAAAGGUGGGGAGAUAAAUAUAAACGAAGAGCUUUUAAAAAGAGGGUACGCGAUAUCAUGCGAAGAGAGCUAUGACUCUAAGUUGAAUCACGAUCUGCGACAGACAGCAACGGAAUUGAAUUUGGCACAGAAGCGCGCCUACAACAAGGAGCAGACGGAACUGGCGUACAGUCGACUGAGAGAAAUCGAAGCACCCAGUUACAAGGAGUGCGUUUCGGAUGUGUGCUUGAAGGGACCUGAUAGUCCGUUGGAAUCGAUCGUACACAAUAUGAUGUACUCGAGCCGCGACAAACAAGUGCAAAUUGAAUGGAACUCUGUCAACUCCGUGCUACUCGACACCGAACCACAGGAGGUCUACGAAAGACUCCUCGUGGCAGCGGAAGUGGGUCAGAACGAACAUAGCAGUAAACUCACACUGCGACACACCACACUUAUGCCGAACAUCAGAGGCCUACCUGCCAUCAUUGCUUUGCUGUUUUGUCCCGAGGCGGAGCUGCGGCGCGACGCGGGCGGCUCGCGCUACGUGAGCGUGCUGUGCGGGCUGGGCGGCGCGCCGGACGCCUCGCCGCGCUUCCCCGAGCACGACCUGCUCGUCAACAUCGACGCGGACCUCGACGUCGACGACAUCGGCCUCAUAAAUCAUAUUCGCUAUCUAAUGGAUUACAUGAUGUUCUGCAAUGAAGGCCAAGACAUACCGACUCCUGAUGAUUUCAGACCAAAAGUACCCAAAUACAUACGAGACGAACUAAUGCAGUUGCUUCAAAAACGCCGUAAGAAACGUGAUCCACAAGCCGUGCGAAACGCAUGGGAGUGGAAGUCGAUUCCUGAAGAGGAUAUAAUGGAAAUCACGAACCCGGAUAUGGUUGAAAGAUCCGUAGUGUACCCGCUGCACGUGCCUUUAGAAUUGUAUCCAGUUUCCAGAGACCAACUGAUCGCUUUGAAACAAGAUAAUGAAGAACUAAAGAUGCUUGUCAGCAGGUCACUUCUGUCAUCAGUAUCGAAUCUUGUCUGCAAGUUAUGCGAAACACUCCCCAUGUCGACUCAAGCUAUGCGGCUACAUCUCUGCUCUAACGCACACAUUGAGAAAGAGGAAGACUUACGCACCGUUCAAUCUUAGACAAUGCAUAUUUGAUACAUGCGUAUGUACGCAAUUGCAAUUAUUCUGUGUACUAAUUUGACAGCCAACUUAAAAAUGUAUAACGCUAUAUAUCUGAGUGGAAAUAUAAAAGACAAUUUUUUGUAGUUAUUAUUUGAUGAUGAGUACGCAAUGAGGCGUCACACACUAACUUUUUACUAGCAGACGCUAUACGAGCGCAAUAUGUGUUUGUGUAGUUCGUACAAUACACAAGCGAGAUUUGAAUUUGUAGUACAUACCAGUUUUAACAAAGAUAUCUGUUAUAUGACAAAAGAAAAAACAUGUUACAAAUUGUAUUUAUAGUUUAUUAUUUUUGAUUAUCUGGAAUAUAAACCAUUUUCUGUUUGUAUUGUCAUUAAUUAAGUUAUGUGCGUUUGAAUCUCUAGUACCUAUAUGUUUAUAAAAUUAGUUUUAUAAGUAAAUAAAAACAUUUAUUUUCAGAAACUCUAUGAUGUUUGUUCAUAGAUAAAGUACAAAAUAUGAAAGGAAUGUGACUAUAUAUAUAAAUAUAUUAUAAAAUAGGAAACAAAAAUUUUGUUUUAGAAAAUUCAACUAAAUUUAUUUGCUUAAACACUUUCUUACACUUAAUUAAUCAGGAUGAUCAGUAAAAUUUUUUGUAACCUCUUAUGUCAUAUGUUACUUUAUAUCAUAUGUUACUUUAAGUUAGUAGGUAAGUAACUUUAAUAGUAUUUGUUUAUGUUCUUAUUUGUAAUAAAAAUUACUCCUAUUCUGUGAUUCCUAUUGUUUUCAUUUUCUUAAGCCAACCGAUGUUAAUUGUAAGAGUUUUCUUUGAAUUUUUAGUGAUAAAUUAGAUUUUAUGACAUAAA